AGGGGGCGUGCCGUAGAGAUCUGCGUCCAGCCGAGCUCAGGGAGAUGAGGGAGGGGGCGUGAACCUCCUCCCUCCCCUUGCUCUGCCCUCCCCCAGUUCUAGCUUCGGAAAUGUUCGGAGAGCUGGGGGAGGAGCGGACGCAUGGAUCUACGGGGGCGCAAAAAACCACCUCAUGUGAGGUGGUGUUUUGCGCCCUACGUCCUCAGCUCGGGGAGAUAAGGGAGGGGGCGUGUAGUUCUCUCUCCCCUUGCUCUGCCCUCCCCCAGCUCUAGCUUCGGAAAUCUUCGGAGAGCUGGGGGAGGAGCGGACGCAAGGAUUCACGGGGGCGCAAAAAAACACCUCACACCGGACAUGUGUCACGUGGUGGGAAGUAGGUAGCUGUAGUAGUAACGGGUGCUAGAUUUGACCUGGCUUCAGCGGCGGCAGGAGAGGCAUGAGGUUCCGUUGUAAGAUAGUGGACGUCAGCUGUGUGAACCACUUCACCCGCUAGGUUAAUUAUAAAUUUAGUGUGCCAGAGUCGGCGCUAGGACCGCAUGGACAUUGCAGUGCCCAUAGACGGAGUUGUGAACACAAUAACAAAGUUAACCAAAUCAUGCAACUUACGACUUACGGCCAACAAUCUUUACUUUAUUCUUACUGACAAGGUGGCUAAUGGAGGUGUCAGUAUGUGGUGUGAGCUCUGCCAGACCAAUUUCUUUGAUGAAUACCAAAUGGAAGGUGUGUCUGCAGAGCAGAAUGAAAUCUAUUUGGAGCUCGCGCCUGAAAACCUUUCUAGAGCUUUAAAAACCGCACAGAACGCCAAGGCUGUAAAAAUUAAACUGACAAAUAAACACUGUCCUUGUCUCACAGUGGCUGUAGAAUUGCCCUCGCUUUCAAGCACAAGUCGUAUUGUCACACAUGACAUUCCUGUGACUGUUAUUCCUAGAAGGUUGUGGAAUGACUUUAAAGAGCCUACUGUACCCCACUUUGAUGUGAGUAUUUAUUUGCCAGCACUAAAAACUAUGAAGAGUGUUGUAGAAAGAAUGAAAAAUGUAAGCAAUUUUAUAGUGAUUGAAGCCAAUAGAAAUGGAGAAAUGAAUCUGAAAAUAGAGACUGAUCUAGCUUCUGUUUCAACACAUUUCAAAGAUCUAGGAAAUCCUCCUUGGGUUUCUGAUGAACCAUCACAAAGUGACCCAGACAUCAUGUCCGAAGCACGAGUUGAUAUAAGGAAGCUUCUGCAAUUUCUUGCUGGACAGCAAGUAAAUCCAAAUAAAGCCAUAUGUACAGUGUUGCUGCAGGCCAUGUUCCUCCUCCUGCCUUGUCCAUCAGCCAUCUCGUGUCAAAGACCCUUGGACACCCUCAUGCUGCUGUGGAUCUCAUCAGUGCCCCAGGAGGUAUUGUACAUAAACGGAUGGUCCACUUUAUCUUACUACAUGAUGAUGUGUCCCUGCAGUAUUUCAUUCCUGCUAUUGCCUAGGUGGAUACAUUUAGUCAUUUAAUUUGUUUGAAUAACAGCAUUUCAACACUUGGGUCCAAUGUAUCAUACUGCAGCUCAGCAAAUAGCUGGCCACAGUAAUUUCUCACCUCGGACAGCGAUUCCCUGAGCUGCAAUUUAACACACUGGGUCCUAAUACUUUCAUAGAUGACAUUCAUGAUUCAGGAAGGCUAUUGUUGUGGGGGACCACAAGAUUGCUAAAGGCUUUUUGUUUCUCUAAGUAUUGCUAUUGCAUGGGAUGUAAUAUAUAACUAUUAUUUAUAUAAUAAAUAAAUAAAAUAAAAAUAUAUAUAUAUAUCCCAUACAAUAGCAAAACUUAGAAAAGAAGCUCUUGCAUCAGAGUUCUCCUUUAAUAACACCUUUGCAUUUUAAGUUCAAUUAUGAAAGAAGAAAUACUCAGUUUUAGAGAACAUUAUUAUAUGCAUUUUUGACAUUUUGGAUACUUUUUUUCUUUUCUCCUGCCUUCAUUUUGGUAAAAAUAAAGUGAUUGUGGAUAUGUGAUUUAUAAUAAA